AUGCCAAGUGCAAAUGAGGAAUUUUCCUGGCCAUGGCAGUACGACUUUCCACCCUUCUUUACACUCCAACCGAAUGAGGAGACCCGUCAUAAGCAAAUGGAUGCCUGGUGCCAAUUGGUGUUAAGCUAUUUUCAGAGCAAAAAAUUAUUCUCUGUCGAUGUAUCCACUCUCAUGACUUCCCGGUGUGAGCUCUUCAGUAAUGCAAAAAUCAACCGCAAAGCAAAUCCACAACUCAUUCAGACCAUUUUUGAUGAACUGCACAGACGCGGCAACUUGGAAUGGCAAGAUAGAUCGCACAAAGUCGCGAGCAUACAGUGGCGCAAGGCAAGUAGUUGGGCGGCUGAUAUUGAGAAGUGGGUGCGAGCGACAGGCCGUGGCAAUACGGUGUGCACCAUCUACGAGAUCACGGACGGUGAUGACACUGAGGGUGAGCCCUUCCACGGCCUUGAUCGUGCCGUUAUCACAGAGGCACUGCGCUACCUCGAGAAGCACGGCAAAGCCGAGAUCAUGGACGGUGGAGAGGGCGUCAAGUUUUUCAUCUAG